AUGCAAGGAGGCAGACCUGGCGCUGCCGGAAUGAUCGAGGAGAGUCGGCAUGACUCUCCAUUGUUUGCUGUUCAUCAAUCGAAGGAGAAUCGUAUGACCACGACUAAAAAAUUCCUCCGCUUGCCUGCUGUAAUCGAGGCCACCGGCUGGUCCCGCGCCACAAUUUGGCGCAAGGUGAAGGCAGGCGUGUUGCCGCCGCCGAUUCCCAUUGGCCCUAAGUCCAUCGCCUGGGACGCAGAGGAGAUCGCUCAAUGGCAGCAGCGCUGCAUAGAUGCCAGCCGUAGGGAUGUAUGA